UAAAGAUAAGGUGAAGCCUUCCGAUAGAACUCGUGCUCGUUCCCUAUACCUCAUUUUCAACAACAGUAUCUUUUUUUUUUUCUCUUGGAGGUGUUAACGCUGCAUUUCGGAUAUCUUAAAAACAGUCGUAAUAAAUCUUUAUUGAAAUCUUAUUUUGCAAAGGACGUUUGAAUUGUAUGGUGCAAAAGUUUUCGAGAUUGGCUUUUUUUGUCUGAAUUCUUCUUUUUCCUCCUGCUAGUCAGGAUGGUGCUUUAAUAAUGCCAGCGACUACCAAUGGAGGGUUUUGAGUGUCAAUCAUGGCGAAAUGUUGGAGACGCAAUGAAGACCACACAGAGACGGAGAGACGAGUACGGGCCAACGAUCCCGACUUCAACGCUCAGUUCAAGUAUGCCAAUAAUUUCAUCAAGACAUCCAAGUACAGCUUGGUUACUUUUGUGCCUCAAAAUUUGUUUGAACAGUUCCAGCGGCUGGCGAACUUCUAUUUUCUUUGCCUCCUCGUCCUUCAGCUGAUACCUCAGAUAUCGUCCCUAACAGCCGUAACUACAGCCGUGCCUCUUGCCGUUGUAUUGACGGUGACAGCCCUCAAAGAUGCCAUAGACGAUUUUCAACGCCAUCGCAGUGACAGCCAGGUCAACAAUCGGGAGUCCAAAGUGCUCCGGGAAGGCCGCCUUCUAGAGGAGAGGUGGUACAGAGUACAGGUGGGGGACAUCAUACGCAUGGAAAACGACCAGUUCGUAGCUGCAGAUCUCCUACUGCUGUCGACGAGUGAACCAAACGGACUCUGCUACAUCGAAACAGCAGAACUCGACGGGGAAACGAACCUCAAAUGCAGACAAGCACUACCGGAAACUGCAGAGUUAGGAGAGGACCAUGGCCUUUUUGGAAAAUUCACAGGCGAUGUGAUUUGCGAGCCACCCAACAACAACCUUAGCAAAUUCGAAGGCACCCUCCGUUGGGAAGGAGAGACGUACUCGCUGGAUAAUGACAAGGUGCUGUACAGGGGCUGCGUGUUGCGCAACACCCGCUGGUGCUAUGGCCUCGUCAUCUUUGCCGGAAGGGAUACAAAGCUCAUGCAGAACAGCGGAAAAACCAUCUUUAAGCGCACAAGCCUCGACAGGCUACUCAACAUCAUCAUCAUCGGAAUCGUGUUCUUCCUGCUCAGCCUUUGCUUGUUCUGCACGGUGGCAUGCGGUAUUUGGGAGAGUGUUACAGGCAGCGACUUCCGCCUUUACCUCCCCUGGGACCCACUAGUUCCCAAAACUGACACCGGUGGCGCCACUGUCACAGCCGUACUCGUGUUCUUUUCUUACGGCAUUGUCAUGAACACCGUCGUGCCUAUCUCGCUCUACGUCAGCGUGGAAGUGAUCCGGUUCUUCCACAGCUUGUUGAUCAAUUGGGACGAGAAGAUGUACUACGCCACAAACGACACCCCAGCCAAAGCACGCACCACAACACUGAACGAGGAGCUGGGCCAAAUAGAAUACAUCUUCUCCGACAAGACGGGCACCCUCACACAGAACAUCAUGACCUUCAACAAAUGUUCUAUCAACGGGAAGAUGUAUGGGGACGUCAUCGAUGUGGCCACGGGCGAGCCGAUAGUCAUCACAGAGGAUACCAAGACUGUGGACUUGUCCUUCAAUCCGAUGCACGAGGCCAAAUUUAAGUUCUACGACGACACCCUUCUGGAAGACAUCCGAAAAGGGGACUCCCAAGUCUUCGAGUUCUUCAGGCUACUGGCACUCUGCCACACGGUCAUGUCGGAAGAGAAACCAGGUGGGGUGUUAGAAUAUCAGGCGCAAUCACCAGAUGAAGAAGCCCUCACCUCAGCAGCGAGAAAUUUCGGUUUCGUUUUUCGAAAUCGUACUCCUGCUUCAGUCGUAAUCGAGGUGAUGGGACAACGCGAAGUGUACGAUCUCUACUGUAUCCUCGAUUUCAACAACGUCCGAAAAAGAAUGUCUGUGAUACUCCGAAAAGACGGCGUACUGAAACUGUACUGUAAAGGUGCAGACUCCGUCAUCUUCGAAAGACUAGACGAAAGCUGUUCUGAACUGAAAUUCAAGACUUUGGAACAUCUGAAUAAAUAUGCUGGAGAAGGAUUACGAACUCUCUGCUUGGCUGUUAAAGAGUUGGACGAAGAUGUAUUUGAAGAAUGGAAGGAAAAAUUUCACGCUGCAGCUACAUCGAUGGAUAAUCGUGAAGAAAAAGUGAAUGCCGUGUAUGAAGACAUCGAGAAGAACUUGAUUCUUCUGGGAGCCACUGCAAUCGAAGACAAACUGCAAGAUGGGGUCCCAGAUGCAAUCGCGAAUCUUGCACUGGCAGACAUCAAACUUUGGGUCCUCACAGGAGAUAAGCAAGAAACAGCUAUUAACAUCGGAUAUUCGUGUCGCCUGCUAUCUGAUGAAAUGGUGGAUAUAUUCAUCGUGGAUGCUGAUGAUUUCGCCGAGGUCGCCAAUCAGUUAAGAAGAUUUCGAGAGGCGAUUGCCAAUGUCUUAGCUCAUAGCCAAGGAACGACAGCCUGUACAGUCAUCAGGUUCGAAAACGACUUCAAUGCCGCAGAAACGCCUGUAGAUCCUUCGGGAGGAUUCGCUUUAGUGGUCAAUGGUCAUAGUCUGGUGUUCGCCCUGGACCCCAGCAUGGAGUUACUAUUCCUGGAAGUGGCGUGCCAGUGCAAGGCUGUCAUCUGCUGCCGAGUUACGCCCCUGCAGAAAGCUCUGGUGGUCGAUCUGGUCAAGCGCCACAAAGGGGCUGUGACCCUUGCCAUAGGUGAUGGCGCCAAUGAUGUCUCCAUGAUUAAAACCGCUCACAUCGGUGUCGGUAUCAGUGGGCAAGAAGGCAUGCAAGCGGUGCUGGCCAGUGAUUUCUCUCUUGCCCAGUUCCGGUACUUGGAGAGAUUGCUUCUGGUACACGGCCGCUAUUCCUACUUCCGAAUGAGCAAGUUUCUAAGAUACUUCUUCUACAAGAACUUCGCCUUCACUCUUUGCCACUUCUGGUUCGGAUUUUUCUGUGGAUUCUCCGCACAAACCUUGUAUGACCCCAAUUUCAUCUCUUGUUACAACGUCUUCUACACAUCUAUGCCGGUUUUAGCGCUGGGAAUUUUCGAUCAGGACGUGAAUGACCGCUAUUCUUUGCACUAUCCUAAACUGUACACUCCAGGGCACUCGAACCUGCUCUUCAACAAGAAAGAGUUCCUGAAAUCUCUGGUUCACGGAGUUUGCACUUCUUUCACUCUGUUCUUCGUGCCCUACGGAUCCUUUUACGAAAGCAUAAACAAAGACGGACUGAAUAUGGAUGGACAUCAAAUUUUAGGCACAGUCGUGUCCACUCUACUGGUGCUAGUAGUGACCGCUCAGGUGGCGCUAGACACAUCAUACUGGACAAUUUGCAACCACAUCGUUAUUUUUGGCAGCGUGGCAUUCUUUUUCGCCCUGACUCUGUUCAUCAACAGCAACUUCAUCGCCAGCAAAUAUAUCGGUGUCUUUCGUAUGACCUUGAGCUCGCCAACCUUCUGGAUCACCUGCAUUUUGGUGCUCACCAUCCUGCUCAUCCCUAUCAUCAGCGUCCGGUUUUACUAUGUGCACGUCCAUCCAACCCUCUCGGAUAGGGUGAGGCUGAAGCAGAGGAGGAUGCGAAUCCAUUCCGAACCAUCCGAGCCCCAGAUCAUGCUUCCUCAGAUCAUGAGAAGGCCCAGCAGAAGAAAGUCCAUGAGAUCAGGGUAUGCCUUUGCUCAUCAAGAAGGCUUCGGUCGGCUCAUCAUGAGCGGGAAGAUAAUGAAGAAAUCCAAGUCGAGCUCCAUCGGCAACAACAUGUUGCCGCCAUUGUUGCCAGGCACCAUCACCAAUUACAGACCAACAAUCAAGGUCUGAAGACUUUCUGUGCUACACGUCUACGGGUUUACAUAAUAAUGGCAACUAUUUUUCUGUCGCCAGAACAUAAGAGUUCAAAAUAUUCUUAUUCAAAGAUUAUUAAAGAUGUUCCCGAUGAGUUACAUCAAUUUUGGAGCUACCAUUCACCAACUAACAUAAUUUUAAAAGAUCCUCCAACUCUUUCCACGACAAUAUCCAAAGACUAAUUUGACUGAUUUUUGAAAUUUUGCCAAUAUUUUAAAUGCAAUGUUAAUCGUUCUAUACCAAACUACUAACACCAAGAACGUCCACUUAACUAUCAACUCCAGCCUCUACUUUUUAUUGAUGGAAUCAUAUUUUUAUGACUGUUUGGAACAUAUUCAACUAUUUUCAGGGAAAAUAAUAGGAAUCUGGCAUACCAUCUAAGCCAUACAAUCUACCUAAAAAUACCAUUCUAUAAUACCUUUCAAAUUUUAUCUAUUUUACUAGCCAUCUUUCAGUGCCUAACGUCCGAAAAUGACUUGGAAAGCUAUAGAUUUGAUGCUUGAAAAUCAUUCUUGCCUUAUUUUGUCAAGUUUUUAAUGCUAACAGAACUAAUAAUGCCCUCUAAUAAAUCAAUGUAGGCAAAAACCUAACUUAACUUUUAGAGAUUUAUCUUUUUAUUUUUGAUAUUAGUAAUAGUAUAAAAUAUGACAACUUAAAACUCUAAAUUUUAAAUAUAGUAUUAUAAGUGAAACAGAUAUCCCUUCUAUAUUGAAUUCCUAUUUUCAAUAUUUCCAAUAAAAUAAUCAGGAUUCUUGCAUAAAUCAGUGAACAAUCUUUUCGGUGACCAUCAAAGUAAGAAAAGAUUUUGUGCCCUUCGACCAUUAGGGCUGUAUUUCAAUGAAAUACUUCUGUCAGACCCAUAUGGGUCAAUGUAAGAGAUCCAUCCUUACAGUAGGACAAUCCCAGAAUUCAACGUAAAAUUUAUAUUACAUUUGAACAGAUAUUCGUUAUUAAUAAACUCUAUAUCUUUGUUUCUUUUAUAUUAAGCAAAAAUUUAUCUCCAUUUUAAAACUUCUAAAGUCUUUUUAAUACUAUAAGCCUAACUUUUAAUAUUAGUUUGAAAGAAAAUAUGCGUACAUAUCUCUUGCCUUCUAAUGUGCCUACUGUCCACAGCUUCACUAAAAUAUCUUCUGAUUUUAACUGCAACUUUUAGUAGCAAGAAGUAUUUUAGAGAUAAAAUUUUUAGCAGCAAAAUAUUCUUGCUUGUGAUAAUUAUUUUUGUGAUUAUUGAGAAGCUAGUGUGUUUGUUAAUCUUUUCGCAUAGCUAUGAAUUUUCAAAUCACAUAGACUCGACCAUUUUUAAUUUUUAGAGGUAUGGAUAAUGGAAAUUUAGUUCAUAGAUUCAGGCUUAUAAGAAAAAUUUCUUAAUUCGUCAAUCAUAGAAAUCAAUAGCGUAGACGAAAUAUUUUGCUAAUGAUAAUAAAUUUCACUUGUUCUUGCAAGAUAAUUAUGGAAAUUUCUAUUUUUACUAAUCUCUAAAAAAUUGAUGCUAUAUUGUGCCUGUCUAGUCUUUCAAAAUGGCGGCCAUUUUGCCUUAAAGUACUUAAAUAGUAGUUAUUCUGAAUUACUUUCCGUACAUAAUCAAUUAUCCAAGCAUUAUUUAUAUAUCAGCUAUUUUUAUUCGGCAUUUGCUUUAACUAUUUUUGUAUUACUAUAAGCUUACAACCAUAUCAUUAAUGAUUUUAUAUUCAAAAUCGUAAUGCAAUUUUCAAAAAAGAAAAUUAAAUUUUUAGGUAAGUUUUAGUUGCAUCUAGAUUUUACUUUCAGACUUUUUUUUUAUUUUAAUAUAAUCUCUAUCGACUGUGCAUGAUUGAUUUUUAAAUUGUGCAAUAGAUGUCUUUAUUAUAUAACGAUUAAAUCAAUAAUUCGAUAAUACUUGAGAAAACAAAACUUUCACGUCGCCAAUAUUUCUGAUUUUUUCGCCAACCUUUAAGAUAACAACCAUCCUGAAGUGCUCCAAGAAACAAAGGUUUCAGAGUUAUAAAGGAGGAAUUGCAAAAUUUAGCAAGUUAUUGUUUGAAAGAUUCAGGGUUAUAAGUAACAAAGAAUUCAAACGAAGGUUUCAGGUUUAUGAAGAAAAAAUUGCAAAAUUUGGCGAAUUAUCGUUUGAAAGAAAUUCAAGUUUGGCGACAGUACCGUGCUUUCAAGUAUAGUCUAUAAUCGUAAAUGACAACGUUUUAUCGUUGAUAUGUAUUCAUUAAUAGUUUAUUUUAUUACCAUUUAUAAUCAUAUAUAAUUUGUUUCGGAUAAAUAUUUAUUUUUACAUAUAAAGCAUGUUAUUAUGAUAUUAAUUUAUAUUAAACUAAUCAUUGUAAUAAAAAAUGAAAUUUUAAAUAUAAAAUAUUGGGACCACAAAAGAACCUUCAGGGUUCUUUCUGUAACCGGCCAUUGACCUCUUCGCCUUAUAUUAGCCAUUUCAAGGACCAAGAACAUGAAUAAGUUACACAUCCCUGUCAAGAACUUCGAAACCAGAGUUCGUUAGUCCUGUAGACGUAUCCAAUCAACAGUAUUAUGUACAGUGCUCUUCUACAAAUCUAGUGAGGUGUGAUUUGUCAAUCUGUAUCCAUAAUCGUGUUUUAGAAUUUAAUUUAAUAGUAAAAAAAGAAGGAAAAAGAAAAUGAAAAGCCCAAAUCAAAAAACAAGACAUUAAUCUGUAGAAUCUUCAGUGUCUGUUAUUUGUAAAAUUUGGAAGAAAGCAUAGGAACGCUUUCAGAAUGUUUCUUUUUUGUACAAAUUAAAUCGUUUGUAGUUGUUGUAUAAAAAUUGUUAUAAAAUAGAGAAAUAAAGAAUUAUUCUACGUUGA